AAGUGCUGGGUAAUACGAUUUUGUCUAAGACCAGUGUUGGUCACUGCUGCAUAAGAUGCAACAGCUGGUGCGGAGUAAAUUGUAAAUUAAAUGUGAGUGAAAAUGCCCAUAAGCUGCAAGUCUCAGUGCGGAAAUCGCGCUGUUUUAAAGCGCCCCAAAACCGGCGAUGCUCUGUGCAAGGAGUGCUUCUUUGCCGCCUUUGAGGCAGAGAUUCAUCACACAAUCUACUCCAGCAACUUGUUUCGACUUGGCGAGAAGGUGGCCGUAGCGGCCAGUGGAGGCAAAGAUUCCACGGUUCUGGCCCACGUCUUAAAAUUACUGAACGAACGCCAUAAUUACGGUCUGGAACUGGUGCUUCUUUCAAUAGACGAGGGCAUCACUGGCUAUCGGGAUGACAGUUUGGAGACCGUGAAACAGAACCGUGACGACUACCAGAUGCCCCUAAAGAUUCUGUCGUACGAGGAGCUCUACGGUUGGACCAUGGACCGUAUUGUUGCCCAGAUCGGUCGUUCUAACAACUGCACGUUUUGCGGAGUCUUCCGCCGACAGGCCUUGGAUAGAGGGGCCAAGCUGUUGGGCGUAGACAGCAUAGCCACGGGCCACAAUGCAGAUGACAUUGCAGAGACUGUCUUGAUGAACGUGCUCCGUGGAGACACGGCGCGCCUGCGACGCUGCACGAGCAUCCGCACCGGCGGUGGCGAGGAUACCAUUCCCCGAGUGAAGCCUCUUAAAUACAGCUACGAGAAGGAAAUCGUAAUGUACGCCCACUACAAGAAGCUGGUCUACUUCUCAACUGAGUGCGUAUUCGCCCCCAAUGCGUAUCGCGGCCACGCCAGAGCGUUUCUCAAGGAUCUGGAGAAGGUGCGACCUUCGGUUAUAAUGGACAUCAUCUACUCCGGGGAACAACUUCGCUUCAAGGACACCGUAAAGAAGCCUGAGCGUGGCACCUGCACCCGAUGUGGGUUUGUUUCCUCGCAGCAGCCCUGCAAGGCAUGUGUCCUUCUCGAGGGUCUUAAUAGGGGUUUGCCGAAGCUAGGAAUAGGCAAGAAGUCGAAAGGUGAGCGAAUGAUUGCCCAGCAGGACCAGGAACUAGCCCUUCGCGAACGAGCACAUUUAGUAAAAAACGAUUUUUAACAACACAAA